GAGCUUGCUGUUUGCCUUUUGCCUGUUUUCAGACACAGCUCUGACCCUGCUAAGUUUGGGCCUGACCUUGAGUGGGCCUCCCAGGACUCUCUUUUUGCCUAAGAUCUCCAACCAGACCUGUGAGUUCUGACCGUCAUGUCGGCUGCGCCGGGCCUCCUGCACCAAGAGCUGUCCUGCCCGCUCUGCCUGCAGCUGUUCGACGCGCCGGUGACGGCCGAGUGCGGCCACAGCUUCUGCCGCGCCUGCCUGAGCCGCGUGGCGGGGGAGCCGGCGGCGGACGGCACUGUGCCCUGCCCGUGCUGCCAGGCACUCACGCGGCCACAGGCGCUCAACACCAACCUGCAGCUGGCGCGCCUGGUGGAGGGGCUGGCGCAGGUGCCGCAGGGCCACUGCGAGGAGCACCUCGACCCGCUCAGCAUCUACUGCGAGCAGGACCGAGCGCUCGUGUGCGGCGUGUGUGCCUCGCUCGGUUCGCACCGCGGCCACCGCCUGCUGCCCGCCGCCGAAGCCCAUACGCGCCUCAAGACGCAACUGCCCCAGCAGAAGCUGCAGCUGCAGGAGGCGUGUAUGCGCAAGGAGAAGAGUGUGGCUGUGCUGGAGCACCAGCUGCUGGAGGUGGAGGAGACGGUGCGUCAGUUCCGGGGGGCUGUCGGGGAUCAGCUGGGCAAGAUGCGGGUGUUCCUGGCGGCGCUGGAGGGCUCCUUGGAUCGGGAGGCAGAGCGUGUGCGGAGUGAGGCGGGGGUCGCCUUGAGACGAGAGCUGGGCAGCCUGAACUCUUACCUGGAGCAGCUACGGCAGAUGGAGAAAGUCCUGGAGGAGGUGGCCGACAAGCCACAGACGGAGUUCCUCAUGAAAUACUGUCUGGUGACCAGCAGGCUACAGAAGAUCCUGGCAGAAUCACCACCACCUGCCCGGCUGGAUAUCCAGUUGCCGGUCAUCUCCGAUGACUUCAAAUUCCAGGUGUGGAGGAAGAUGUUCCGGGCUCUGAUGCCAGUUAUGAAGGACCUGACCUUUGACCCGAGCACAGCUCACCCGAGUCUGGUGCUGUCUCCCUCUGGCCGCCGCGUGGAGUGUUCGGAUCAGAAGGCGCCGCCGGCCGGGGAGGACCCGUGCCAGUUCGACAAGGCUGUGGCGGUGGUGGCGCACCAGCUACUGUCCGACGGCGAGCACUACUGGGAGGUGGAGGUGGGCGACAAGCCGCACUGGGCCCUCGGUGUGAUUGCGGCCCAGGCCAGCCGCCGCGGCCGGCUGCACGCCGUGCCCUCGCAAGGCCUCUGGCUGAUCGGGCUGCGGGACGGCAAGAUCCUGGAGGCGCACAUCGAGGCCAAAGAGCCGCGCGCCCUGCGCACUGCGGAGAGGCGGCCGACGCGAAUCGGGAUCUACCUGAGCUUUGCCGACGGAGUCCUCUCCUUUUAUGAUGCCAGUGACGCCGACGCCCUUGAGCUGCUCUUUGCCUUCCACGAGCGCCUGCCCGGGCCCGUGUACCCCUUUUUCGACGUGUGUUGGCACGACAAGGGCAAAAACGCUCAGCCGCUGCUCCUUGUGGGGGCUGAUGGCGAGGAGGCCUGAGCCGCCUGCUGGGCUGGGGAGCGUUGCAGGAUCCUGCAGG